GAGCCAAUCAACGUGGUGGAUAAAUUUGUUUACCUGGGUAGCUGUAUAAGCUUCGGUGGACUGGCUGGAGAUGAGAUUAUAUCCCGAUUCGGAAAGGCCAGGGAAGCUUUCGCCAACCUCCGACAGCUAUGGCGCCGACGUGACCAAGCUAGAUUCGUCAGCGUAUCACCUCCCCUUAUUUCUAUGGAUGUACGAUGCUGCUUUACGCCAGUAGACACGAAUUUACCACCGGAGACCACGAAUCCGCUCCCGGGCAACUUACAAGUCUACACGAAUCAAGUUGGUGGACAUGGGAUGUUUGGGAACAAAGGUCGAAUGUUACAUUCACCGGCGCUCGGAGCUGUGUACAAGCCCGUACAAAAGUAUCCGAAGGGCCCUCAUGAGGUAGACUUUUAUAGACUCCUGUUUAAUCCGGACUGUGAAGAUUCAGUGUUUCUCCAACUGCGGCCGUUCCUACCAAAAUAUCGAGGACUUUAUCACCACCCCUCUUCUAAAGCGCUGUAUUUGGGCAUGAGCGAUGUGCUGGAACAGCUGAAACAUCCCUCUAUUUGCGAUAUAAAGAUUGGACGAAACACCUACGCUCCAGAUGCUUCUGCUAAGAAAAUCGCUGUGGAGAAGGCCAAGUACAAAUGGCAAGCAGAGUUGGGAUUUCUCAUCUCGGCCAUACGGGUUGUUGACUCAUCAGAUGAUCUUCGCCCCGUCUAUAUUGAUCGCACUUUUGGACGCUCUCUCAGUCCUUCAACCGUGUACGACCACGGCAUCCGCGUUUUCCUGGGACCCAACAUGAAGCGGUCUCGUUCCUUAGCACGUCGUUUCGUCACUCAGUUGAACAAGUUAUCUGAAUGGUUCGAACAGCAAGACAAACUCUCUUUUUACGCAAGCUCGCUGCUCUUGGCCUAUGACAGUCAUCAGGAUGACCUUCACAGUGAGCCCACACUUACAUCUUCAUCCUUUUCAGACGCUGGCGAAGAGCACGAUAACGAUGAAUUGGUAGUCACCUAUCUCAUUGACUUUGCAAGAUGGCGCCCUUUGGAAUCUGGUGCUGGCUCCAGAGACGAAAACUUUUUGUAUGGUCUACGAAAUCUGAUCCAAUUGUUCCAACGAGUCUCUGCAGAAACCGCACCUUUACAGCUGUCCGUCCAACAAUUUUCCUUUCGGAAUUCCAAAGACUUGAUCAGCGGACUACCUCCUACUCCGCUUUAGUUUAGCCUCACUUUUCCCUUUAUCGAUUCAUCUGUACUAUACACACGCAACACAGAACAUGUUCUAUUCAAGUCUUUCGACCAAUUCUUCCCAGUCCACCACAAAGAGUAUUGGUUUUCCUAUUUUCUAAGUUGAAUCGAGCGGGUGACUUGUUUUCAUUCCGAUUUAUUACUGUUAUUAUUAUUAUUAUUUCUAUCAUUCUUAUUAGUAGUAGUAGUGAUAGUACUAGCAAUUACGUUGUUGUCUUUUGAUAAUCUUUUUUUUGUUUUCAAAUCUCACACAUGAAGGAAAGAGGGGAGAACAUACGCAUACCGCUGCAUUUUAAAGUCUGUUUGUUAGUACUACUAUUGUUAUUAUUGUUUUUCUAAUUCCAUCAGAGUUUCCCCGUGUUUUUUCUACUACCGGUACAAGUUGAUCUAACUGUUUGGUAAAAGGCUGUGCUUAGCAACUUGUUGAGUUUCUUCAAAUGAUUUGACCUAGUGUCAGGGUAUAUGCCUGCGUCACGCACCCAAGAUGAACCUGUGUUGUAUG